GCGGUAAAGAAAACCCCUGUGUUUCGCUAUGAGCGCCCGGGUAGCUCGGGCCGGAUGGGCCUGGGGGUCCUGGGGACGCCGCGCCGCCUCGAGCCUCCGGGAGCCGCCGCCGGAUGCCGUGGACGUGGCGGAGCUGCUGCGAAACGCCAGCUCGGCUGAGGAGGGGGCCCAGGAGGCGGUGGCGCGGCGGCCGCCCUCACGCUGCUCAGUGCUGCUCUUUCCCGGACAGGGUAGCCAGAUGGUCGGCAUGGGUGGCGGCCUGCUCGCCUUCCCGCGCGUGCGCCAGCUCUACGAAGCGGCUCACCGGGUGCUGGGCUACGAUCUGCUAGAGCUGUGCCUGCGCGGGCCUCAGGAGGACCUGGACCGCACCGUGCACUGCCAACCCGCCAUCUUUGUGGCCUCACUGGCCGCCGUAGAGAAGCUUCAUCACCUGCAACCGGCGGUCAUUGAGAACUGUGUUGCUGCAGCUGGAUUCAGCGUGGGAGAGUUUGCAGCCCUUGUGUUUGCUGGAGCCAUGGAGUUUUCUGAAGGUUUGUAUGCAGUGAAGGUCCGAGCUGAAGCUAUGCAAGAAGCAUCUGAAGCUGUCCCCAGUGGGAUGCUGUCUGUUCUCGGCCAGCGUCAGUCCAACUUCUCCCUUGCCUGCAUGGAAGCCCAGGAGCACUGCAGAUCCUUAGGCAUAGAGAACCCGGUGUGCCAGGUGUCCAACUACCUCUUUCCUGACUGCAGGGUCAUCUCAGGAAACUUUGAGGCCCUGCAGUUUCUCCGGAAGAAUUCUGCUAAGUAUCACUUCAGGCGCACCAAAAUGUUGCCAGUGAGUGGUGGCUUCCAUACUUGCCUCAUGGAGCCAGCCGUGGAGCCCCUGGUGAAAAUUCUAGGCACCAUUAACAUCAAGAAGCCACUGGUUGCUGUCCACUCCAAUGUCAGUGGGCAUAAAUACAAGGAUCCCCAACACAUCCGGAGGCUGCUGGGGCAGCAGGUGGUAUCUCCAGUGAAGUGGGAACAAACGAUGCACUCUAUCUACAAGCGGAAGAAGGGCACUGAAUUCCCCAGCACCUUUGAGGUGGGUCCUGGGCGGCAGCUGGGAAGCAUCCUGAAGAACUGCAAUGGACAGGCAUGGAAGUCCUACAGCCACGUGGAUGUGAUGCAGACCAACACCGAUCCUGACCACCGAGGGUCUUGAAUGAAUGGCCUCAGGGUGAGUCUCUGUACCUGCCCCUUUUCCUCAGACUGGAGGAUAGUGGUCACUGCAGCCUCAGUUGUGGCUAAGGCUUCCCUCAGAGCAUCGCUCUUGAGUGCCACAUCGCAUGACUCGACCCAUCCCUACACCUGACAAUAUAUGCUGCUGGGGGAAAGAAUUCCUAUGCAGAUGAUCUGCCUCUGCACACAACCAUGCCCUUCAGUGAAUCCAGGAAGGGCUAGCCUGGGGCAGCCUUAGACUUGCCAUGUUGGUGCUGUGGACGCGCUGCUUGGCUUCAAACCAGGCCUGGUGCCAGGGGGACAUAUCAUCCUCUCCCCAUGUCCUGCUGUUCACCCAGGGCCCAGGUCAUAGCUUCUUUGGCCUUCAAUCUGUCUGAUGGCCUUGGCAACCACUUUGUCCUCUCCUCACUAGCCAGCUGGGAGAUUGAGUGCCGUAUACAGUAGAUAUCCAAGAAGCACUUAUUAAGUGCCUCCUGUAUGCUCUAGAGUGGGUGGUCCCUCAUAGAAGAAACUUGGAGCAUGAUGUAAGGUAUGGAAUGUAUCUGGGCAAGAAGGAUGGCCUGAGACCCUGACUGCACCAGGCCAGCCCAGUUUAUCCAUGGAGAAACCCCCACCACCAAGUCAUCCAUGGGACAGUGGUGGCUGCAGAAUCAGGUGUCUAUGGUUUCCCUCACAGCACAGCUGCUCCGCAGCAGGAGUGGAGAGAAGCUCCUGAGAGGACACAAAAUAAAUGUGAGCCUUUCUAA